AUGCGCGUGUGCCUUAACCAAGUGCACAAUAACGGGAAAUUCGUGUACAAGGCUAUUUACGAGCACAUCGACCUCUCGUCAAUUGAAGUGCCUUUCACUCCCCUGCAAGGCUUUCUUGAGGAGGCACUGGCGUGGCGGAGGGAGAGAGGGGCUGGGGAGGCGCCGUUUGGGGUGCGAGUGGUGAAGCGAACGGCUAGCACUGCUACAGUGGCGCUCGAUACAGUCGCACCUCUGAUCAUACGUAACACUUCGUACGGCUACAGUACGUGCAAACUGCCAGGGACGCCCUUCAAGCACGAUAAUCAGGGGGUGACGUUCCGCCCACAGCUGCUGGCACUGGCUGCUGCCAUGUCCCAGUUGAUGAAUGGGGGGGACUACGAUGCAGUGCAUGUGAGGCGCGGAGACAAGGUUAACCCACGCCUGUGGCCGCACCUUGAUAACGACACACAGGCAGCAUCGUUACUAAAAAGGCUUCCCAAGUUCGUUGCACCUGGACGCACACUGUACAUUGCCACCAAUGAGCACGCACCAGGCUUCUUUGACCCUUUGAAACGCCUCUACGACAUCCGACUGUGGCAAGAUUUCAAGCACCUGUGGACCCCGGGGACCAUGUGGUAUGAUGGGUAUGAGAAGAUUUCCGGGGCUCAUCCGACCUUGGACACAUACAUGGAG